AUGAGCAACAGCAAAUCCCGUUACUUCUGCUACCGUUCUGACGACGGUGACGACGACGAAGAAGAAGACAAAUCAUCUACCAUCACCCCAAUCAACGGCACUUCUACCACCACAAGAAAACCCUCCGCUAUCUAUAAACCCAAGAAAACACCCUCAGACCCCCAACCAAAAGCCUACUUUCUUUUGCCGAUGAUGACGACUCGUCCGAAACACCAUUCUCUCGCCCUUCCACCAAAUCUUCAUCUUCGAGAUUAUCCAAAUCAACGCACAAGCUUGCCUCAUCGAAAGACCGAAUUGCCCCUCACCCUUCUUCGACCUCCCUUCCUUCCAAUGUCCAGCCCCAAGUCGGCACCUACACAAAAGAAGCCCUCUUAG